GUCCUCAACCAUUUGAACCAUUUUGAAUCAAUGGAUGGAACCCACUAACUCACCACGCGGUCGAAGCUCCAUCUAUUGAUGCUAUCAAGAGCAAGUUGAAUCAACUGAAGGAUUGUCAUUACUAAGACUAACCCAGGUCACAAUUCUCUCUUCUUUCCAUACCGAAGUCGUAACUAGAUUAACCAAUCAAAAUUAAGUUAACGUCUUGUAUAUUUUGCGCGAAGCUCAAAUUACAACAAUUGUAGCUGACUUUUUUUGCCGUACCUGUAGCGGGUUAAACUAUCUGCUACUAGUUGCGAUCCCAAGAUAAUUUAUCAUGGGGCUUGUGUUAUUUCUGGUCGAUGUCGACUGUUUUCAUUAUUAAGUUUAUUCUUCUGCAACCUAUGAGUACUCGUGAAAAGUAUGUAUUCUACAAAGAUAGACAAGAAUGGGAUGACGUUAGUCCAAUUCCUCAGGAUGAUGGAGGUCGGAACAUUGUAAAUAUUGCAUAUUCUGAAGAAUUUGUUGAUGCACAUGACUAUUUUCGUGCAGCCCUAAUGAAGGACGAGCGUAGUGAGCGGACAUUUUCACUAACCUCUGACAUUUUAUUGUUUAAUCCCGCCAACUACACAGCUUGGGAGUACAGAAGACGGAUCAUCGAGGAAAUUUCAUCUGACCUAAAUGGUGAGCUGCGUUUCGUUGGUGAGCUUAUUGAAGACUAUUCAAAAAAUUACCAGUUAUGGCAUCAUCGACAAUGGGUUAUCGAGAAAGUAUCGCAACAGAAUCAAAAUGACUCCAGCUUUAUAACACAUCUUAGUUCAGAGGAAUUGGAUUUCGUUGGAUCUGUCAUUUCAGAUGAUCCUAAAAAUUAUCAUGCAUGGCAGCACCGUCGGUGGAUUAUAACUUUUUUCAAAGUGCCUGUUGAAAAAGAGUUGGCAUUCACCGAACAAAUGCUUUUAAAUGACGUUUAUAAUAAUUCAGCUUGGAAUCAUCGUUACUAUAUUGUAAUGUGUGACGAAGGUUUAUCGUCUACCGUUCUUCAGCGUGUAUGUUAA